AUGGACUCCUUCUCGCGGAAUGCUCUGACCCAGGACGAUAAUUCCGUGAUGCGAUUUUCGUUCGAAACCAAGGCCUGGCAGGAGUGUGUGCAGCAAUCGUUCGAACUAACGGUUGUCCACCGUCAGAAGGAUUCGAACUUUGUUAGCAUCCUCAACAGUAUUCGAAUCGGUCGUGUGACCCCGCAGAUACGAGACACCCUGACCGCAACCUCGAAACAGCGCAUAGAAAUGGAAGGAAUUCUCGCGACGCAACUCUGCUCCCACACCAAUGAUGCCGAUCUGAUCAAUCAAUCGAAACUGAACAAUCUCUCGGGAGAGGAAAAGGCUUAUCAUGCAAUCGACAGUGAUGCCUACAUGACAAAGCAACUGGACCAGCAGGUUCAAGCGCCUGGGAAACUCGUACUGAAACUAGGCGCUCAGGUGAUGCUGCUGAAGAAUCUCAACAUUGCCGAAGGGCUGGUGAAUGGUGCCCGCGGCGUAGUCACCAACUUUGUCCAGGGUUAUCCCUUGGUCAAGUUUAAGAAGCGCGAUUUGCUGGUCAAACCGGAGAAUUGGUCCAUCAAAACUGCCGGCGCCGUCAUCGUUACUCGUUCGCAGUUGCCACUCAAACUAGCCUGGGCCUUCUCCAUACACAAGUCCCAAGGUUUAACUCUGGAUUGCGUCGAGAUGUCGCUGUCCAAGGUGUUUGAAGCCGGUCAAGCUUACGUGGCGUUGAGUCGAGCUCAGAGCCUGGACAGCCUCCGAGUGUUGGAUUUUGACGGCAAACAGGUAUGGGCCAAUCCAAAGGUCCUCGAAUACUAUCGCGAUUUACGGCGGCAGAUACGUGACCGGGAAUACAUCACUCCCAUGGCUGUAAAGAAAAAGGAUGGCGGUCUGAAGAAAUCUCUCUCUGCCAUGGGCUUGACUAAGUCGCUGAUGAGUAAACCGUUGGUGACAAUCAGCUAG